ACAAGGCAGAUGGGUUUUGAUGAGUUCCAUUUAUACUUGAAACCAGUGCACUUUGAAUUUGCAUCUCACAAGGAGAAAGCAGACCAAUCCCCACCAAUAUUCAUUAUAGCUCUCCUGGAAGAUGACAGUAGUGUGAACAGAUAUAUUCCGUCUACUUUAUUGUUAAGCAUCCAAGAGAUUGACAAUAAUCAAAUUGGAAAAUUUACCUUUAAUACAAGAGAUGGCUUUAUUCAGUUGUUGUCCCCGUCUGCAGUGGAGAACAUGCAAAUCACCCUUGCCUGUCAAGUCACUCAAAAAAAAUGCUCUUAUUGUUGCUGUUCAGUAAGCCUCAUUUUGUCAUAUGAUCCAGCCUACACAAACAAUGGACAUAAAGGUCAGCAGCUUUUCAUUUCCCUAACCCCACAGUUAGGAGCUAAUGUCAUGUGCAAGCGCUGAUAGUGAUCAGUUAGCUAACAGUUUACAAUACAAAAGGACUCUAGCAAUUCUUUUCAAAUAUGUUACCUGUGAUUCAUUUAAUGCACAUUAGUUGAUCCGGUGACCAAGAAUGGGCUGGAAAAAUACAGUAAAGAGCACGAGGAAUUAAAUGUGCAGGAAUCACUGGAGGAAAUCCUAUGGCCUGUGCUGUUCAGGAAGUUGCUCCAGUUGAUCUUAGUGCUCUCUUCUGGUCUUGACAUCUGUGAUCUUUUAGGAAGGGGAUAUUUCCAUCAUGUAACAGCACCAUCAACUCAUAUCUCCUCUCUGUCAUCUUGCC